CCUCCCAUGCAUAUGUUUCACAACCCAAUAUAUAUAAUGCAAGCACACCACUAAGACACAAAAAAAUAAAGGAAAAUAAAGGGGUGGCAAGCCCCCCUUCUCCCUUUUAUUCCCUCUCCCUUUCAUUCCCUCUCACCCCAAUCUCUUUCCCUUUCUCUAGCUUCCCUCCUCUCUUCAUUCUCCUCCUCCUCCUCCUCCUCUCUUUGUACCAGCUAACUCAUCACCACGCAGGCCAGAGUAGUAGUAGUAGUGAUAUAGUUUCUCUCUUCUCACAAGCAGCUCAGCUCAGCUAGAUUAGAUAGAGCUCACACACAAUUUCCAGCUUGCUAGUGGGUGUGUUAUUCGCCGCCUUUUAUCGAUCCGCCUCCCCAUCCUUGCAUGAUCCUGGGCCUAAAGCAGCUAUAUACCCUUAUCUCACAAAGAAGAGAGGAGAGGAACAAACAAAACCCAAAAAAGAAGGCCCCAAGUAGGAAAAGAUCAAAAGAAAUCAAUUCUAUACCAUGGUCUUUUCUUCGGUUCCGGCCGUCUAUCUUGAUCCACCCAAUUGGAACCAGCAGCAACAGCAAGCUCACCACGGUCAGCUUCCAAGUGGCGGCAACGGCGGCGGCGGCGGCGGCGGCGGAGGUGGAGUGGACGCGCACCACCACCACCACCACCACCACCACCAGCUGCCGCCGAUGCCGCCGCAUCACGGCGGCCUCAUGGCGCCUCGGCCUGACAUGGUAGCAGCGGCCGUCGCGGCGAGCGGCGGCGGCGGUGGCGGCGGCGGCCCGACCGGCGGCACGGCGGUGCGGCCGGGCUCGAUGACGGAACGGGCUCGGCUGGCGAAGAUCCCGCAGCCGGAGCCGGGGCUCAAGUGCCCGCGCUGCGAGUCCACCAACACCAAGUUCUGCUACUUCAACAACUACUCGCUCUCGCAGCCGCGCCACUUCUGCAAGACGUGCCGCCGCUACUGGACGCGCGGCGGAGCGCUCCGCAACGUCCCCGUCGGCGGCGGGUGCCGCCGCAACAAGCGCACCAAGUCGUCCAAGUCGUCCUCGUCGACGUCGGCCGCCGGCUCGGCCUCCGCCACCGGCGGCACGUCGUCGUCCACAUCGUCGACCGCCACGGGUGGCAGCAGCAGCGCCGCGGCGGCCGCGGCGAUGAUGCCGCCGCAGGCGCAGCUGCCGUUCCUGGCCUCGUUGCACCACCCGCUCGGCGGCGGCGAUCACUACAGCUCCGGUGCGUCCAGGCUAGGGUUUCCCGGAUUGAGCUCGCUGGAUCCCGUCGACUACCAGCUCGGCGGCGGCGCCGCCGCCGCCGCCGCCAUCGGGCUAGAGCAGUGGCGCCUCCCGCAGAUACAGCAAUUCCCCUUCUUGAGCCGCAACGACGCCAUGCCGCCGCCAAUGUCCGGCAUUUACCCGUUCGACGCGGAGGCCGCCGCCGACGCCGCCGGCUUCGCCGGCCAGUUGCUGGCCGGCACCAAGGUGCCCGGCUCGUCGGGCCUGAUCACGCAGCUCGCAUCCGUCAAGAUGGAGGACAGCAACGCUCAGUCCGCGGCGAUGAACAGCUCGCCGAGGGAGUUCUUGGGCCUCCCCGGCAACCUCCAAUUCUGGGGCGGUGGCAACGGCGCGGGACCCGGCGGCAAUGGAGACGGCGCCACCGGCGGCAGCGGCGCCGGUGUCGCUCCGGGAGGCGGCGGCAGCGGCGGCGGAUGGGCUGAUCUCUCCGGAUUCAACUCGUCGUCGUCGGGGAACAUACUGUGACACGACGCAUUUGCCGGCGAAAUGGAUGAUGGAAUGGAUCAAUGCUGCAAAAGAGGUAGAACCCUAACGAGCCCUGAAGCUUAAUUUUAGUCAUGGCUUCUCUGAGAAAGAUCAAAGGAGAAUUAAGGAGUUGUGUGUGGUGCAAGUACAAGAUUAGGGCUGCAUUGAUAUAUAUCUCCAUAUAUAUUGUUCGUGAUCGAUCGAGCUGCUUCAAACCCAAUUUGUCUAGAGAAAUGCUAGGCGAUGCUAGUUUUUGCUUUUGAGUUUUUCCUCUCGCUGUUCUUAUCUCUUUCUGCUUCUCUUGUUGGUUCUUGUACUUGUCGCGUAUAAGAUGGUGGGAUUAUAUUUCUCCUCUCUAUAUUGUUCUCCAUUUUCAAUAUGUGUUGUAAACUUGCUAUAUAUGCUGUUGCUAGGUAAGGUUUACUAGAUUGGUGCAAUGUGUUCAUGGUGGAAUUAAGGUGAUAUAUAUUUAUCUACAAGACUACGAGAGUACUCAAUGGGAGUUAGUUAAUUUAA